AGUAAGCAGUUGGAGACAGCUGGACUAUCUUUAAUCACUUGCUUCUUCAGUCCAAUAUUUCAUUUGGUUGCUGUGGACUGGCCUUAAAGAGGGAAUAGUUGUGAAUGAGAGUGAUGGAAAAUUUCCUCAGAGGGUGUUAGCCGUUUGGGCAUAGGCACCUUGGAAUUUCGAGGUUCUUCUGGAGAAAGCCAGGACCUCUCAGCUGUUCUGAUCUUUUCCUCUGCUGCAUGAGAAUUUCCAUGGUGCUAACUGGAAGGUUGGAGGCUUGCCAUCUUCUCCUCCAUGCUGACAUCUCUCUGCUGUUUUGACUUGCUCUUUGGCUCACCCAAAUUUUGCAUUUCAACACGCUGCUGGGUGUUGCACCAUAAACAUCCCAAUGAAGGACCUUCCAUUAACAGCCUAUCCUGCCAGACGAUGUGACAGCUGCAUAUUUCAGCAACAUUCUCAAUGUGUUCAUGAUUUCAUCCAAACUGGGUCUGGAGCCCACAUUGUCUACCAAAGUUAUCACCAUGGGCCUUGGGACUUGCAGAGAACUCGACAGUCAGCCAGAAAACCGAGAGACUUUGAAGGAUGGAAGAUUGCUCUCAUUAUCUUGGGCAUUGCACUUGCAGCGGCAAUCGCUAUCAUCCUCUUGGCUUUUUUUUCCCAAUCUGAACAGAGGAUAUUCUACUACAACAGUAACUUCAAAAUCAGUGGUAUCCAGUACAGCCCUGCUUUGUCUCGGCAGUCCUCAGACAAGUUUAGAGAUGUUGGAAACUGGAUCGAAAAAUUGAUGUAUGAGACAUUUCACAAUUCCAUUUUAAGGCAUAAAUACAAAGGCUCAAGGCUUGUCAGAGUGAGUGUCCCUCAGCUCUUUGAACUUGCUUUGGGCCUCCCUUCUAAGCAUACAGUGCUGAGAAAAGAUUUGUGA